GGCGUCGGGGACGCAAGGAGCUCCGCCGGCGGCGGCGGCCUGGGACGAGGCGGAGCCCCGCGCCGGUGAGCGCCGCCCGGCCCGGCCUACCCGGCGACAGCCGCGCCUUCCGCAGGCCAGGCCGUGGGAGGGGUACCGGGGAGCGGCGGAGAGAGGCCGGAGGCCCCGUGCUCCGGCGAUGGCAGCGGCUACCAUUGUGCACGACACAUCUGAGGCGGUGGAGCUGUGCCCCCCGCACGGCCUGUACCUCAAGCCCAUCACAAAGAUGACCAUCAGCGUGGCCCUGCCACAGCUGAAGCAGCCGGGAAAGUCCAUCUCCAACUGGGAGGUGAUGGAGCGGCUCAAGGGCAUGGUGCACAGUCACCAGUUCUCCACGCUGCGCAUCGCCAAGAGCACCAUGGAUUUCAUCCGCUUCGAGGGCGAGGUGGAGAACAAGAGCCUGGUGAAGUCCUUCCUCGCCUGCCUGGAUGGCAAGACCAUCAAGCUCAGUGGCUUCUCUGACAUCCUGAAGGUGCGUGCCGCUGAGUUCAAGAUUGACUUCCCCACGCGCCAUGACUGGGACUCCUUCUUCCGCGAUGCGAAGGACAUGAACGAGACCCUGCCGGGUGAGAGGCCGGACACCAUCCACCUGGAGGGGCUGCCGUGCAAGUGGUUUGCCCUGAAAGAGUCGGGUUCGGAGAAGCCCAGCGAGGAGGUGCUCGUCAGGGUGUUUGAGAAGUUCGGGGAGGUCCGCAACGUGGACAUCCCCAUGCUGGACCCGUACCGGGAGGAGAUGACCGGCCGCAACUUCCACACGUUCAGCUUCGGGGGGCACUUGAACUUUGAAGCCUACGUCCAGUACCGCGAGUAUGCGGGCUUCAUCAAGGCCAUGAGUGCCCUGCGUGGCAUGAAGCUCAUGUUCAAGGGCGAGGAUGGCAAGGCCGUGGCCUGCAACAUCAAGGUUUCUUUUGACUCAACCAAACACCUGAGCGACGCCUCGAUUAAAAAGCGGCAGCUGGAGAGGCAGAAGCUUCAAGAACUGGAACAGCAGAGAGAAGAACAGAAACGCAGAGAGAAGGAAGCAGAGGAGAAGCAGCGAGCAGAGGAAAGAAAGCAGAAGGAGCUGGAGGAGCAGGAGCGGGAGCGGAAGAGGGAGGAGAAACUGCGUAAGCGGGAGCAGAGACAGCGGGACCGCGCGCUGCGCCGCAGCCAGAAGAAGCUGGAGCGGCUGCAGGCCGAGGAGCAGAGGAAGCUGCAGGACAAGAUCAAGUCGGAGGAGAGGAAACUGCUCCUCGCACAGAGGAACCUCCAGUCCAUCCGGCUGAUCGCCGAGCUGCUGAGUAGGGCCAAGGCCGUGAAGCUGCAGGAGGCUGAGCGACAGGAGGAGCGGCAGCGGCUGCAGGCGCAGGAGGAGCGGCGGCGGCUGCAGGAGGCGGAGCUGCGGCGCGUAGAGGAGGAGAAGGAGCGCGCGCUGGGGCUGCAGCGCAAGGAGCGCGCUCUGCGGGAGCGUCUUCUCAGCAUCUUACUCAGCCGCCAGGCGGACGCGGCGCCGCGCGCGCAGGACGAGCUGGGCGCGGCACACGCUGACCUGCUGCAGCCAGUCCUGGACAUCCUGCAGAGCGUGUCGGCCGGCUGCACGGCCGCCGCCCCACCCAAGGAGGCUUCGGCACGCCCGGAAGCCGCGCCCCAUCCCCGAGAUGUGAACGGGAGCGUGGCCCAGAAGGCCCCUGGUGCGGAUGCCACGAACUCCUGCGCCGCCCCAGCCGUAGGCUCGCCCGAGAAGGGGUGCCCGGGAGUCCUGGCAUGCAUUCCCGACAACACGCAGCAGCCCAAGGGGGCGCCCGCCAGCGGCCAGAACUCGCCCAAGAGGGAUGCCUGCUCCGAGCAGGACAAGUGCAACCGUGCACCCAGCCCGAGCCGGGGCCGUGCCAGCCGGGACCGUGGCGCCGACGGCCGCCGCGGCCACAGGAGCAGCACCAGCCGCAAGCGUAGCCACCGCCGCAGUGGGCGCUCGCGCUCGCGCUCCGCCAGCCGGCAGCGGAGCACUUGGAACAGGACGAAUGUGCAGACUGACGGUUUUGUCUCAGACAUGCCGCGUAAAUACACCGUUCCUACCAGGGUUUUUGUGUGUGUCCGGGACAUGCACACAGCCGGCUGCAGGUGGGUGGCCGAAGACUGUGGACUGCGCAGUGCCACCUGGGGCGCUGAAGACAAAGUCUUUCCCUUGUGA